AUUGUGAGGCUAAUGUAAGCAUACUUCGAGUGAAGAUGAUGACACGAGUUGCCUACGUGGAGAAAGACCGAACAUAGAACAGCAGCUGUUUCCAACCACUCUAGUACUCUCUUUCUCCCUCAGUGAUUCUCUCUCGUUGCAAUUUCAAACUCUGAGAAAUCUAGCUAUGGCAAUUGCCACUGCUUCUUCAACACUCCUAAAACCUUUACCAAACCUCAACUUUAUACUUCACUCAUUACAUACAAGAAACACCAACUUAAUCGCUUCAUCUUCUUCCCAUUUUGAUCAUACUAGUUUGCAUAAACUCACUGUUUCUCACACAACUUCCUCACGUUCUUGCAGAUUUUCGGGGUUUAAGCCAAAUGGGUUUGUUGCAUGUUCCUUAAAUAAUGAGUCUUCAGUUGAUGCACUAGGAGAAGACAAGAGUUUCCCCAACACCAGUUCCAAUGAUCAAGUUAAAAGCUGUAUGUGGAAUUGGAGGGGUUUUUCGAUUCGCUAUCAGUGUUCUGGAAGCAGUGGCCCUGCUCUAGUUCUAGUUCAUGGUUUUGGAGCAAACAGUGACCAUUGGAGGAAAAAUAUACCAGUUCUUGCCAAAUCUCAUAGAGUAUAUUCAAUUGAUCUUAUUGGUUAUGGAUACUCAGACAAACCUAAUCCUCGUGAUUUUGAUGACAAACCUUUUUAUACAUUUGAGACAUGGGGUUCCCAGCUAAACGAAUUUUGUAAAGAUGUUGUCAAAGAUCAAGCAUUCUUUAUAUGCAAUUCAAUUGGAGGGCUAGUUGGUCUUCAGGCUGCAGUCACAGAGCCACAGAUCUGCAAGGGAAUGAUCUUAUUGAAUAUAUCUCUGCGUAUGCUUCAUAUAAAAAAGCAGCCUUGGUUUGGACGGCCUUUGAUCAGAUCAUUUCAGAAUUUGCUAAGGAAUACUCCCGUGGGGAAACUUUUCUUCAAAUCAAUCGCUACCCCAAAUUCUGUCAGAAGUAUUCUUUCUCAGUGUUAUCAUGACACCUCCCAAGUGACAGAGGAACUAGUCCAAAAGAUCUUACAGCCGGGACUUGAGCCUGGUGCUGCAGAUGUAUUUCUUGAAUUCAUUUGUUACUCGGGAGGCCCUCUGCCAGAUGAGCUUCUGCCUCAAGUGAAGUGUCCAGUUUUGAUAGCAUGGGGUGACAAGGAUCCAUGGGAGCCCAUUGAGCUCGGAAGAGCUUAUGGGAAUUUCAAUACAGUUGAAGACUUUAUUGUCCUCCCUGAUGUUGGUCACUGCCCGCAGGACGAAGCACCCCAACUUGUCAACCCGCUGGUUGAAUCAUUCGUGGCUCGUCAUGCCAGUGUUCCCACAGCAGCCUGAUCUAUUUUGUAGUUUGCACUUCAAUUCUGCAUCACCGCACUGUCAUGUUUUUUUUCGGCCCUGAAAGCUGAUUGUAGUUAAACAUAGCCUCAUUCAAUAUGAAAGGCAACCCUUGAUAGAUAAAUGUAGCAUUUCACUCGAGAUUACUGUCAAGGUUUGUUAAAAGUAUGUAUUUUCUUGAUUUUAUUCACUGUAGUCACACUUGAUAAACCUUUUCUUUAUAUCAAACUUAGUUUCCAGUGUUUAUAAAUGUUGUGUAAUUUAGAACA